AUGUGGAUGUGCCUACCAGGGGUUUGUGGUGGAAAAUCUCGUCAACCCCUAUCUUCAUCACCCUUCUUCCUUUUUUCUGAAUCAUCUGACCUUUCAGCGAGGUCCCCGACAACGGCGCCAAUUUUCCAAGGGUUACCUGAAACUGGAUUAUAUUUGGGCCUAGACGUGAGGUCCAGACUCCUUUUGAGGCAGUGUCCAACUUCUUCUGGUAUCGAGAUACCGCUGUUCGAGUUUCUCAUAGGUAACAAUAUUAUAAUUCAUAAAGAGUGUGGAGAACCAAUCAGUGAUAACGAGACGUAUUUCAAGUUCAGAGAGUUGAUGGAGAAUGCAUUUGUGGCACUUGAAAAUGAAAUUGCAAAGAGUGAGGAUAGAUUCUGCAGAAGCAGUUACGAAUGGGUGGAGUUGAUGGCACAGUGUGAGGGUGACUCGGACACUUGCGAGUGCAACGAGUGCGUCAGUGAUGCGGUGCGUUUUGCUAAGGAAGAAUGCUCUGCCUCCAUUUCUGUUCGGAUAUAUCUUGACAAGUGUUUUAUAAGCUAUUUAUACCACGUGGGAUCAUAUGAAAAUCCUGAAAUUCCUACCAACUCCCUCCCAGGAUCGCGCAGUAACAGCCAUAACACCCCAAAGUUAGCAGCAAUAGUUGCUGGAGGGGCUGCAGUUCUAUUCUUGGGUUUUAUUUUCAUCUCUUUGCUUAACUCUCGGCUUAAAAAGAACGAUUAUGAAUAGUAUAAACAAAAAUUCGUGAGACUAAGAGGAUAAUUUUGCAUGCAUAA